AUGUUGGGGUCGCCGGGGCAACAGCCCGGGGGGGCGGGGUCUGGGGCGACGGCCGGGGCAGCUGCCGGUUCUGCUGCCACUGCCGCCGGCGGGGCCGGGGGCGUCGCGAGCUUCCCGUGCGGAGGUGCGUCCGAGAGGCUGUUGGCGCGCUACGUGCAAGACUACCUGGAGUGCGUCGAGUCGUUGCCGCUGGACAUGCAGAGGUUGGCCUCGCUCCUGCGCGAGAUGGACACGCGCUGCCGCGAAGCUUUGAAAGAAAUUGAUGAGGUGUAUGAGAAAUACAAAGCUGAAGAUGACCCUGCACAGAAAAAGCGUUUGCAGCAAUAUCUUCAGCGGGCUUUGAUCAACAGUCAAGAACUUGGAGAUGAAAAAAUCCAAAUAGUUACUCAAAUGCUUGAGUUAGUGGAGAACAGAGCCCGGCAGAUAGAGUCCCACUCUCAGUGCUUUCAAGAUCUGUCAGAUACUGAAAAACCUAUCGAAAAGUCAAAACAGGAUACAUGUCAACCAGAAAGAUCUUCACGAAGACCCCGUCGGCAACGUACUAGUGAAAGCCGUGAUAUAUGCCAUAUAGCAAAUGGAAUUGAUGAAUAUGAUGACCAGCCACCUAAAGAAAAAAGAUCCAAAUCUGCUAAGAAGAAAAAACGCUCUAAAGCUAAACAAGAAAGGGAAGCUUCACCAGUAGAAUUUGCAGUUGACCCUAAUGAGCCAACUUACUGUCUCUGUGACCAAGUGUCUUAUGGAGAAAUGAUAGGCUGUGACAAUGAUCUGUGUCCCAUUGAAUGGUUUCAUUUUUCAUGUGUCGGACUCACUUAUAAACCAAAGGGAAAAUGGUAUUGCCCAAAGUGCAGAGGAGACAAUGAGAAGACUAUGGAUAAAUGUACAGACAAAUCCAAAAAGGAUAGAAGAUCAAGGUAGUAAAUGCUCUAAUGCACAGACAGCUGUGUGGUUUCUAUAAAACUAUUUAAUAAGCAGAUUAGUAUUUUAGAAUAAUGCAUAAAACUAUGCAAUAAUUUUUAAGAUGUACAAUACUAUUGGAAUGUUCACAGAUGUUAAUACUGUUUUCUGCUUUUGAAUAUUCUGCACUAAAACCAAAAUUUUCAAACGGUCACAUGGGAG